CGUGAAGAAGAUGAAGAAGAAUGUCAGCCAAGAAACGCAUUCAGAUCCAAAAUGUUGUUGGAGUGUUCGAGCUGUAAAACUACAUGGCGUAACAAUGUUUCAAAUCAGAAGAUUCCGGCCAGUUCACACAUGCUCUAUUGAUUACAGACAAGGCAAACAUAGACAGGCAUCUGCUAGUGUGAUAGCAAAUAUUAUUGCACACAAAUACCUUGAUGCUUCCAAUAAACCAUACCCCCAAAGCAAAUUCGUGAGGACAUGAGUAUGCAGUAUGGAAUUUCCAUGUCAUACAACAAAGCUUGGAAAGCACAGAAGAAAGCAAUGCAGCUGCAAUUUGGUUCUGAUCUUGAAUCCUAUCAGCUUUUGCCUUCAAUGGCUUAUGUGCUUGAGAAAACAAAUCCUGGCUCUAUGUUUAAUCUAGUCACAGGGAAGGAUGAUGCAUUUUCUACCUUUUUUAUGUCAUUGAAACCAUGGAUAGAAGCUUGGCCCUACUGCAGACCUGUUCUUAUAUUGGAUGGUUCUUUCAUGAAGGCUUACUAUAAAGGCACUCUCCUUACAGCUUGUUGCCAAGAUGCCAAUGAUCACAUAGUUCCUAUUGCAUUUGGUAUUUGUGGUUCUGAAACUAAAGCUUCUUGGAAAUGGUUCUUAUCCAAAUUUUGUCAAUCAAUAAAGUACAGACAUGACCUGUACGUAGUAUAACCUAAUUAAUGGUAUUAAUU